AUGCGCAGCACUGGAGGAGAGUAUCCGUGGGCUUUAAAUAAGGGGGAAGCAAAGGAGGAGGUCACCUACUCAAAUGUGGCCUCCUCUAAUCCAGCUGGUCUUCAGCCUGGACCAAAUGUCACUGAUGACCCUUCACCAGAAGCAAGGUCAAAGGUCAUUAACACUGCACAGGUUAAAGAGAGACUUAUAGAGAGACUGUUGCUGGUUUCACUGUGUGUUCUUCUCUUUGCUGUGGCCCUCGUCAUUGGAGUGCUCUAUGGUUUUGGAAAGCUGUCCCAUGAAGAAUCUGAGAAGCAGUUGAACUUUUUCAGAGAGAUAAACAGGAGUAUGGAGCAGCUGCAGGCAGAAAAGGAAAAUCUAACCAAAACUCUGAAGAUGAAAUCAGACCACUGUGCUCAGGGCUGGAAGUUCUUCAGUGGGAAGUGUUACUACUUCUCUACUGAUGAGGAGACCUGGAAUGCCAGUCGGAAUGCUUGUGUUGAUAAGGGAGGAUAUUUGGUGAUUGUUACCAGUCCAAUGGAGCAGGAUUUCUUAAAAAGAUCAAAGCCUGGUUCUGGAAGUGAGUUCUACUGGAUCGGUCUGACUGAUGCUGUGGUGGAGGGAGAAUGGCACUGGUUAGAUGGCACAAAGCUCAGUCAGACACCGAGGUACUGGACUGGAAAUGAGCCAGAUGACUGGAAGGGAGAUCAAAAUGCUCACCCUGAAGGAGAAGACUGUGCUGUAAUGGAGCUCAGCUCUGACAGUUAUCUUUUACUGGAUGCAUUCUGUAAUGAAGAAAGCAAGAAACUCAAGCAUGUCUGUGAGGCCAAAGCAGGAAUGACCAGACCCCAGACCAAAUUCUGGAAAAGAAAGCCACUCCCACACUACUCCUCACCACUUGACCUUGGUGGAAUCCUUGCCACCAUGUUGAAGGGCAUUCUGAUUUUACUAAGGGAUGGUGGACAUUGCUACCAGCAGUCCCUCACACCGCCGGUUUUGCUGAGAUAA